AUGGUCAAGGGAAACAAAGCCAAUAGAGGCCAAACCCGCAAAGGCAAGGCAACCAACAAUGGAGAAAUGAUCAAGGUAACUCGCAUCAAGGAAAUUGGAACAACAACAACUUUGCAAAACGGAGAUCCAACCCAAGUUGUUGGCUCUCACACCGGAUCUAUCCAAAAGUUAAAGAUACAGAUGAGAGACCUUUCAAGAGAGCAAAACCCAAAGCAAAAAGGGCAACUUCCUAGUGAUACCAUUGCGAACCCGAAGAGUGGUGAAAGUGGCUCAACUUCUCAUGUCAUAGCAAUAACUACUAGAAGUGGGAAGGUUUUACAAGGUGACAUUGAGCAAAAGGUUGUUGGGGAAGAAGCCGAACAAGAAGUUGAAGCAGAAGAGCAAGGGGUUGUUGAAGUUGAAAGGGUGCCGGAAAAAGAAAAGGAAAAGGAGAAGGAGACAUCAAAAGCUCCACCUCCUAUUCCUAGACCUCCUCCGCCUUUUCCUCAAAGACUUAUUAGAAGGGUUGAUGAUAGCAAGCUUGAGAAAUUCUAUGAUAUUCUAAAGCAAUUGUCGGUGAACAUUCCAUUCUUGGAGGCUUUUCAAGAAAUGUCGGGGUUUGCCAAAUAUUUGAAGGAUUUGAUCACCAAAAAGAGGAUCACAAAGAAUGAGGUAGUAAACAUGACUCACCGGGUUAGCUCUAUUAUUGCCACAAGCCAUGUCCAAAAGAAAGAGGACCCGGGAGCAUUUACUAUUCCAUGCACUAUCAAGGAGCGUGACUUUGCAAAAGCCCUUUGUGACAAUGGGGAUAGCAUCAACUUGAUUCCACUUUCCAUCUACAAGCAAGUGGGAUUAGGGAUGCCGAGGCCAACAAGCAUGAGGUUACAAAUGGCCGAUCGAUCUAUUAAGCGACCGAUAGGAAUUGUUGAUGAUGUGAUUGUGAAAGUUGGAAAAUUCCAUUUGCCCGCCAACUUUGUAAUUCUUGACUGA